AUGAUCGCUUUGGUAGGAUUGCAGUUUCGAUUAUCCUGCAGCAUAAGUCUAGGACAUUUUAGUUACAACAGAGUAGCGGUUUUUACGUGAAUAAUAUCGUGCCCUUCUCUAAAUCUACAUCUUGCCAAAAGUGCUAUAUUCAUUAGCUUGAAUUCUUUUAAUCGAUUGCGGAUGCUUUCGUAGAUGUCAAUAUGUUUUAUCUACAUGCUAAAGAGAAAUAUUUUUGUUUGCGCUCAUUUAACGGCAAAUCGGGUCUUCUUCAAUCUUGUUACUUGAGGAAAAAGUGUUUUAGCUUUUUUAAAAACACACACCUCUAUACUUGCAUCCUUGACUUACAAACUGCAUGCUGUAUAUAUUUUAUCAAAGAAUUACAUGAAUUUCUUAAAACAGUUAGAAGCGUUUUGGAGCCAAAUGAUUAUAUGUCUUUAAGUAUAAAAUUUGGAAAAACACAAUUCGUUAAAAAGAGGGAGGAGAAAACAAAUUGUUAUGUCUUUCUAUACAAUGUAUUUAGAUUUUUAGAGACCUCAAAAAUAAAUAAGAAGAAUUCACACUUUUACAGGCUAUGUUUAAUGUGAGAAACUUUGAAGACUGCAGUAGGGAGGCUCAUUUAAGAGUAAAUAUCUUGUCGUGACUGAAAUGUCUUGCAUUUUGCCGAAUUAUAACAUUACAGCUUCCAUUAAGCGAUCUUUUCAAAUCACAAACAUAUUUCACAGUUUCGUCAAAUGUUUUAUGUGAUAACAACUCUACCUGGUGCUUACUUGUCCGUUAGUUGUGAAGAAAUGUGGGCUUUAACUGUACAUGACUGGCCUUCGCAUUCGAGUUACGCGACCAUUCGGGUAUUGGGCGAUGAAGACACGACAUGCCGUAAAGUGGCAGACUAACGGGACUGCCUAGGUAGGAUAUUUAACACCCCGAGAUUUUCCAAAAAUGACUCAGGCAAGAGAGGACUGCUAGACAGGCUUCUCUGCAUCCAGAGAGCAUAUAGGGAGUCCAGUAGACAAAGACAGGAAGUGUUCUCGGACGGCAAACUACAGUUAUGACGAUUCUCAACCCUUUGCGGACGCGAUGUGCAUACGCACUCCCGUACAUUGUCCGCAAGCAGCCAAUCAGCCAAAAGCGCCAAGAUGAUUGGCCAACGACUGACGGAACGCGUAAUUCAGGCUCGAAGAUGGUCCAUGGUCGUCUUCUCGUUAUUUUAAAUGGUGUAAAAACAUGAAUAUUAGGUUCGUAUGGCAUGUGAGUGUGUAAGAAUCAGUCUUAAUUUAAAUAGGCUAAGGAGGUGUUUUCUUAAUUAAUGCAUUACGCCACAUGGGCUUGGUAACGAGCCUAAUGCCAACUAGCCUUCUCGCUUUGGAAAAAAAUUUCAAGGCCACUCACUGUUAAAGAGUUCGAGAAAAACCAAACUAGGGAAAGGAAAUCAUCAGCUGUAUUUCUAUACAUGCACAUAGAAAUGCAUAUACCUUUCGUUUCAUCUGCAUCGGCCCAGUGUCUAAAUGUACUUAAAGUUCCUAAAUUUACAUUUAAAUGCAUGUGAGUGUACAUAAAUUCCUUUCUUCUGGUGACCAGUGAAAGCAUUCGACAUUGAGCCCGGUUUUCCGACUGUCUGUGGAGUUCCUGCCGUCAAACGGCAAUAUAAAAAGGAGUCCACGAAAAGAAAAACACGCGCAACGCCUCACAGCUGGCCUUGGCAUGUGAGUGGGCGUUUGGUAUUGCUUUCAUAGUUAACUAAUCAAACUACCGUCAAUAAUAUAUUGACAGCAUCAAGAAAUCGUCCCUCAUUAGGUUUGUAGACCAUACGUAUAGUUUAUUUAUUUACAUUGACUGUGUUCAAAAAUAAGAUGCAAGUAUAACUAAACAAUACCUGUCUGUCAAUAUUUUAGUACAGAUAAACAUCCAAAUAUAAAUAUUGAGCAAAAGAUCGUGCUUGAGGAUAGUAAUUUAAAUGUCGAACAUGUAUUGCUUCUUUCGAGGUUGGCCUGUGGUCAGAAAGAAUAGGAGAUCGGCCCUACUGCGGGGGAACACUAAUCAAUCCCUCCCUCAUUCUGACCGCAGCACACUGUGUUGACGAUGCCAUUGGUUGCAGGAACACUCCGUUUGAAGGACUUAUUGACAUGACAAUUACAUCGGUUUCUCCGCUUUAUGCGUUAGUCGGUGGUCAUGAUUUCACACAGCCUGGCGUAUCCCAGGAGCUACGACGCGUGCAGUAUGCGGUCCUGCAUCCAAGGCACAACGUAACCACGGCUGGAGAGGGCUACGACAUCGCGGUAUUAAAGCUCUUCGAUCCAAUUAUUCCAAGUACGUUAUUAUACUCCUGAGUAAACAACGUUGCCAAAUAUAUUUUUGACUGCGGCGCACAUACUACAAAUCAGCCGAUUUCGCUAUAUAUAAAUAUGUUUUCUAAUCCAAUAUCGAACCGCAGCCAUCUUCUUUCAUGAUUAACUUAUCAUCAGCUCUCAUGUCUUCCUGACGUUUGUCAUAACCUUCUAGUUCGCUAAUUUGCCUUCCUCCUUGGCGAAUGCGGGGUUCUAGACUGUGUUUGCUCAUCUGAAUGUUUUUUUCUUCUGUCAAGCCGACAAAGUGCGGCCGAUUUGUUUCCCUGCAAAGCAUGUUGAGCUGAAGCGAGGCUACACCUGCUUCUACGCCGGCUGGGGAGGUGUGUUUCCUGAAUGGUCUAAUGGAGAAGAAUUUUAUCCGAAAACGCUCAGGGACGCCGAAGUUCAAAUCGAAUCCGAUGAACACUGCAAGGAAGUCUAUGGCACCCAAUACGCCGAUAGUAAUUCAUGUAUACAAACAUACGGCAGGGUAAGCACCAUAGCGAAGCUAACGCCGAUCGAAUUCGUUAUUUGUUCAUAAGCAAAAAUUACAGUCCAGUUUAUGUGGGGGAAACGUAGGUGCUGACUCUUUAAAAUCCCAAUUUGUUAUAAGGAGGCGAAUUAUGUAAAAAAUGUGAAAGUCGGAACAUCAAACAGUUACAAAAUUUGUUGCGAAACCGGAGAGGUAAGCAAAUUAUUCAAGUGUUAAAAAAUUAGCACUACUAAAUGCGCCGUACAGAAGCCAAUCUACGCGUAAAUGUGCUGUAGUAAAUUUGUACUACCUCAGUUGCCUGAUAGAGACGAAGUGAAUGCAAAUACUCGCGUGCAGCUGACUUGGGGCAAUACGUAAAUUAAGAACAAUUGUUACUGAAAUAGAAACAGUAAUAAAGAUAGAUUGUUAGAACGAAAUGCCAAGACGAUAUCGGUCUCGUAACAUUAUGAUGUUUGGUGGCAUACUGGUCCUACUUUUGCUUAUAGGCCUUGACGGAGGUGGAUAUGACAAUGUCUGCAGGCAGAGCAUUCCAAGCCUCGACCACUCCGUCGGAAAAGAACUUCCAUGUGUCUAACCCGACCCCAGUCACACGUAGUAUAAGUGGAUGACCACAGGGGUUCGUUGUAGUCGCUAACUGAAAGAAGUCUGCAGAUAAAAGACUGCAGUCCUGACUGCCCAUGAUACGGAAUUUUAGUAUGUAACUCUGAGGAAAAAUUCCGAGAUUUGAUAACCGUGUUUCUUAGGGUAGUGAACUCUGUCCACUGACGGGUUUACUUGUCCGCCAUUGAAUUUUCUCAAGGAUCAGUCAGUAUCAGUCGGUAUAUUUGGAGUAAACGACAGAAGUCCUGAAAACUCCAUGUAGACGGAACAGAUAUAAGAGAAAAUAGUUAAAUUGCAGUUUUAGUGAGGAGAAUGCAUAAAUCUAAUAAUGGAACAUAAAUGGGAAAAGGGUAUGUUAUUUGCGAAAAACUGUGAAACUUUCCACAUGGGUCAAGUUUUACGAACAAAAAGGAUCUCUUGAAAUCAUGUUAGUAGUAUAUUUAUAGUCAUUUCCGUAAUCCUCUAGAUCAGGCUUCGGCAGUUCGGGUUGCCUUUCAGAAGAUGAGCAUCCCGUUGUCCCUUGAACACACUCAUGGCAUGGGAAAUAACAGCAUACGCCGGCAAAGUGUUCCAUUGGCGAACGACCCUCUGUAAGCUGGUAAUCAUGUUGCCUGAGAUUAGACUUGGGUGCUGUGGUCCUUAACUAUCCAGGGUUUCCACGCUUGAAAAGCGAUCUCUAACUGAUGCCACACAAACGUAUAAAAGACUUUUUCAGUGAAGCUGUGAGCCACCCACCCAAGUCCUUUAGGUGGUAAACCCUGCGGCUCGGAAAUCUGGUUCCAUUGACUUGUAGAAUGUUGCACUAAGUUGUACUAAGCGGCUACACUGACUAUUUACGCAUUUCGCAACGUCUAAAUUUCUGGCUGUAGAUGUGAGUUGUUUAAUCGGACAUAGAAAACGAGUAUGGCUGCCGGUUACUGAGACCACAUUCUAUCACAUAUCUCAACUCUUUUACAUCACCGCCCAUGGUAUUGUGGAAAGCUGGUCAAUUUUUCGAAGACUGAAUGGCUCGAUUGGCAUUUUGUAUUAUGAUAUAAAUAAAACCACUAAUCCUAUGCUUUCCGGUCAACGCUUCAUGUUCCGGAUUUUUGAUUUUAUAAAUUAAAUGAAUGAUAAUAAUCCCUCUCCUCCAAUGAAUACCAUCAGGAUUUUUGACAUUUUAGUUAUGAUUAAGAUACAGUGUAUGUGCUAACGCACAAAAUGCAAACCUAAAUCCUGAAAUGCGGUUUCGACUCGAAAAGAUCGCCUUAGCAGCGUGCAGCGUCAUCCUUAGACAAUCCAUUUACAUCAGGAUGCCGGCUUUUGUAUGAUCUUCUUUUUAGCCGCCAGUUAAAACAAUGAUCUGCAAAAAAUAACUGCUUGCAUAGUAUGAACUUUUCUUAUUUAUUUUUUGCGCCCUCAUAAAUUUAACUAUAUUUCAGGGAAAACAUGCAUAAAAAUGUUUACCGUUUUAAUCAUAUGGAAGAAAAUUACGUUGCCUUCAACUUGUAUACCUGAGGGGAGGAUAUAAUUUGGUUUUUAACAACUUUUACAAUUCCUGAAUAUUUCUUUAACCUGAUCUGUCCUUACACUUGCAUUUAGGGUUUUCAAUCUGCUUAUUGUAUAUUAGUAAAACUACACCAACUACUUAUUUGGUACAGUGACUACUUACUGUAUUCCUCGAUGUCCUUAGACCUUUGGCUGGGAAUGUGAGUAUUUUCACUGAACAUGGAGUAAGAAUGCGGCUAACAUUUAUUGAGCCCAUAUGACAUCGCACAUUCCAACCCUUGUGCAUCCCUGCCCAUGGCUAUAAGAAAGCUGAACACUUCGUCAGAAGCCAAAUAAUUCAGAUGGUGUGUCGUCUGAUGAUGUAAACAAAGUCCCUGGUCUUGGACUUUCUGUCCAAAAUUUCCUGUUUAGAAUAGUUGCGUUUGGAAACUGGGUGAAAGAUAGUGAUCCCGCUUCUCUAAAAAAUACCGUUAGGAUGUUCGACAUUCAAGUUAUGGUUAUUUAAGUUCUGUUGAUACAGCAACGUUGUCGUAUUCACACUCCCGCCUACUUGUUUUAUCUGUUUUAGACCCCAGGUAGUGGCGACAGUGGCGGUGGACUGUUCUGUUCUUCCCAGGAUGGCACCACUUGGUUCUUUUACGGAGUGAUUGAGGCCUCAGCAGCUAACCCAUUCGAGGACUGCGCGGUCAUCACCAAACUUAAGUCAGUUCAUCAUUGGCUCAAACAAAUUUCUGUGGCUCUGGGUCUGUAA